CCCUGCUCAGCUUUCGCGCAGGGUACACAUUUGACCGCCUUGCCUCAGCCAAGUUCCAAGUUCAAGGGUCACAGAAGUGCAACGAGAGACUCUAUGUGUACUACAUCAUUUUACUUUUCUUCAAGUGUUGUGCAGGCAUGUAGAGGUUCGCUGCGGUCUUGAGCUCAAACCGCCGCGAGGUGACCUGCAUGUGUCUACGAGCUGAGUGAGAGGACACAAAGGUCACCCUGUGAAAAACUUGCCUGGACCACGUUUGUGCGAAAUCCCACACUCUUGACAAAACGCGUAUGUUUCGUUUUCUCUUCCUAAACACUUUUUUUUAUUCUUCAAGAGACACAGUACGACGGAAGGCGUGGGUCCUAUACGGACGGCGUGCCCGUAUCGCGGCUGUCUUCCGCGGUGGAUCUCGCUGCGGACGUAGCGCCUUUUAGCGCAUUUCUACUGUCGAUAGCCACCCUAUUCCCCUCCGUAAAGAGGCACAUACCCGCAGCACCUGGUGACCUGCGAACUCCCAGCGCAGGAAACAGUUGCUUCUUGGACGACAAUGCGACCAGCCUUUUCCGGCACGAGCCAGGGCGCGGGAACCCGGGCGCUCUGGCGCUGGGGUAGGCGUUCCUCUUUUGUCUCGCUGUGUGCUGCGAGCUUCCUCGGCGUGAUUCUGCUUGGCAGCGCUCAGGAGUCUCUAUCAGCUCCACCCCAGAAGGCAGCGGACUCCGCGGCCUCGUCGCAGUGGCCCUUUGGUUUUCUUUCGGGAUCUGGUCCCACUGCGCUUUUGACCUCUCUGGCAGCACCGCCGACCUCAGACUCAGGCGCGCCACUCGCCGGCAGAAACGACGAAAACCGGGACCCAGAACUUGGUAAAGGUGAUUUUUUGCAGCCCGAGGAAUCCGACAACGAAGGCAGCGCAGCGUCUCCUAAUCGCCUCCCUGGGCCUCAACAGCAGGAGCUCGGUGAGAAGGGAAAUGCGGCGUCCCGGGAGACUGCAGAACUUAGCCAUUCAGUUACCGAUUCUUCUCCGCUUUUUGCGGUGAAUGCACGCGACGCACAGUCCACGUUGUUGUCGUUGUGGAGAAAAAAGAAGAAUGAAGAGGCACCGCUGCCUUCAGUAGCCUCGCCGAUCUCGCAGGCGCCCGCGGCCCUGCAGUCUGCGCUGCCUUUCGCUGCCUGGUUCGGCACAAAUGGCGAUGAAGACCUGCAUGCAGGUCGAUCUCCUAGCCACGCAAAUCUGGUUCACAGCGGCAACAAGGCGCCGAGUCCCGCGACGGGAGAAGCGGCUGCGACUGCGUCAGCUGAUCGCCAGUCAGCUUCGUGGCUUCCGUCCUUUUUGUCCAAGAAAGCUCAGACCGAUGUGGGUAUGCAGGCCUUCGAUUCGUUGCUGAAUUCGUGGUUCCAUUCCCUUCGGCGUCUUCUGGGGAUCCCCGAUGGGGGCGACGCCGCCCUCGCUGCGGCGAAUGCUUGGGAAAGCUUUCAAGGCGACAAGAGUUUCUGGAGAGAACUGUCUGGCGACACGAGGAACGCGAGUCCACUGGCUCUCGCCCGCGCCGCCGCCUGGUGGUUUUCUCAGCGCGAAAGAGAGGUCGAAAACAUGGCGCGAGUGGCUGCAGGGGAGGGCACACAGACCGUCGAGCACGCCGCCGGCGUUGCCGCGGCCUCCGCGCAUGCGUUCUGGCACCGCAGCGGGGGCGCGCAGGCCUCGCAGGAGACCCGCGCAGCCUUGGAAGCCUCAGCUGCCUGGUUUCGCCAGCAAAGAAACAAACUGGAGCAGCUCGACGCGGACGGCGCGGCAGCGUGGUGGGAGAGCCUCACUCGCUCUCCGGAUAAUCUGCCUUCUUCAGCGAAACAGCAGAGCGCGGCGCUCGGCGCAGCUGCCAACGUCUCGUCGGGCGUACAGCAGUGGUUCCGGGGCGACGAGGCGCAGCGGGUUGAGGGCAGAAAAGCGACAGGUUCUAUGGCGUUUCUUACCUCCGAGAGCCUCGGUUUGGGGGGCCCCAAGAUGGACAAGAGUCGACAGAGUGCGUGGCUGUCGCUCUGGAAAGGAAACGAAGCAUCCAACAGUCCAGGCGACUUCGCUGCCGCCCAAGUCGUGUCUCCUGAGGCCGCCGCCGCAGCUGCCGCGAGCUGGCUAGACUGGAGUCGUGCCAGAGAAGAGGAAACUCCUUCUCCCCCGGCUCCAGCUCUUUCAUGGUUUUGGUCGAAGCAAGAGCAAGCUGUGCAGGAAGCCGUGAAGAAUGGAGCUCUGUGGCUUCAGAAAAUUUCAGAGGCGCCAGGUGCGCGCGAAGUGAAGAACAGGGCGCCAGCGGUGAGACACUCCGCCUCCUCCUGGGUGCACUCGUGGCUUUCUUCAGCCGGAAAAGGCGCGAAGGAAGUGCAGGAAGCCGAGAAGCAGGAAGGAGGAGAACCAGAUCGGGAGAGCGAGGGUGGCGUGUCUUUCUUCUCUCGCUGGUUUGGUCAGAAAUCCUCGCCGAUUCAAGAAGAGAAGGCGGACGGGGCCGCGCAGGACUCCUUGCAAAGGCCUGAGGCAGCCUCUCGAUGGUGGUUAGGUCAGGCCUCAUCGGAGUCGAACGCUAACAAGAAGGAAGAAGCUUUGGGCUCCGAAGCCCACGAACAGGUUGCCGACAAUCUUCUUGCUUCGACUCCGAACGAGAACGAGCACUCCGCAGGCGGCGACAAGGCGAAAGAGCCCGAGGAUACCUCGGGGUGGUUUUUUCAACAGAAAACCUUCUCGGAUCCCAACUAUCCGAACAAGGCUGGUCAAGCCCACCAGAUCGCGGAGGAUGUGCCCCAAGUUAAGAAGGGAAGUGCAUGGCUGACAGACGGCGAGUUCGUCGACGGGAAGGCUGAGAGUUCCAAGGAGACCGGUAGGGUAGACACCUCGCUGUUGGCGCAGGCAUCGCAGGUCCUUGCGCAGAAAGCGCCACAGGUGUCUGGCUGGAUAUUUGGAGGUGCCUCCGAACCGGAAGCGAAUGGUGAAGACCCCGCAGCGCAUUUAGUUCCGGGGCUGAAGCAGGGGAACUCAUGGUGGGAGUGGGAGACGAGCCAGACGACCACGACCACGAAGACUCCCGCGUACACCCGAGAUGUGAAGCUCGAUUGCAACCCAGUUCCGCCCUUUCGAGCGUGCGUGGAAAAGUGCCAGCGUGACAACCGGAGUCGCGAGAAAGACAAGGCGGGUCCGUCGGCGCCCCAGGCGCUGGGCUCUUACGAGUACGGCAGCCUCCGCAGCUGCUACUUGACUUGUAAACAAAAGUGGAUCGACACAGACCUCCCGGGGUGCCUGAGAGCAGACGGCGUGAAGGUCGCGGGUGUGCCUCCGGUCGAAGCCUUCAGGAGCACAACCAGCACAACAACGAGCUCAACGACCACCACGACAACCCACCCGCCUCGGACAGAGCCCAAGGCGAAGGAGCCCACCGCGGAGGCCGCAAAGUCUUUCUGGGGCGGCCUCUCCGACAAGCCGAGUGCUUCAGAAGACCUAGGCGACGCGCCCCAAGAAGGGAUAAAGAGUUUCUUCUCCAUCUUCCAGCGAGCGACCUCGACGUCGACAGCGACGGCGCCCCCGGAAGCGCCAGAGGGUUUCUCCUUGACGAAGCUGUUGGGUUUUCACCGUCCGGAGACUGACACCGUUUCCCCAGGCACCGCGUCUUCGAAUUCGUUUCCUUUUUCUCUGAGAGGCGCGAGCACCCUGUGGUCUGCAAGAAACGACUCUAAGUCCGAAGUCGGCGGCGGACUCCUAGGAAGCCUUUUCAGACGAAACGUCUCCGAGGUUCCCAAGCUGGCGGCCGCCAACGGGGUGGAGGAGGCGAACGUGGCCAGCGCGUUCAGCUCAACAGAGGAUGAGGAGCACGCGUCGGCGGGUGGUUCUUGGUGGUCGUCGCUUUCACGCGGCAACGAUGCGGAGGGCCGAAAGGACGAGAAAGAGGCGGCCUCUGGUGUCGCGCGAGUGCCGGGAAAGAGGUCAGUCGAAGAAGCCGCAGAUGCAGCCGCAGCGUCCGCUAAGGACCUCGUCGACGAGGCCGACGACGCAGUGGAAAGCGUCCUUUCCACCUGGUGGCCUGUCUUUCUCCUGGUGGUCGGCAUGGGGCUCCUCGGACUCUGCGUCUUGGGAAGACGGCUCGGCCAGUGGGAGGGAAUGGCUGGAGUUGGAGACAUUGAGAGAGGAGAGUAUGCGUCGGCUCCGGUGUUCAGGGAGGGAGACUCGGGGAAGCACGAAGACAACCCCCGGCGGUCGGUAGAUGUGCUGGCGAACGACGAUAAUCGACGACCUCUGAUCGAACAGUCAGCCUAAACACACUCAGGCGGGCCUCGUGAGGAGAUCUCGAGUUCAUGCGUGAGGAAAAACGGCUUGAACUGCAGUUUACCAACUGUAAGCCAGCUGCUCUCGUGAAGAGAAACGCCGAGGUCCGGCGGGGGCCAGAACGGGGAAGAGACGAACGGACACUAGCGCCGUUCUGAUGAAUCUCUAUUCGCAGAACCACGCGACCGCCUUGAUAAAACUCUUUGCAAUUCACGCCCACCUAUAUACUUGCUUAUGCGUGCUUGUCAGAGUUCGCAGAACCGCACGACUUGACUGCAGAAGACUAUUUGUCAUACGUGUCUACAUAUAUAUAUAUAUAUAUGUCUGUAUAUGUGCAUGUCAAGGACGCAGACAUGUGUAGAUUUCUAAAUGCGUUCCUUCACUGAGCGUCGCCUUUUCGACCAUGGAAAGGAAGAGGCAGAGAAUCUCGAAAGUCGAGACUCGCACAUGCUCACAAGUUUUUGCUGAGUCGCUUUUCUUGAAUUUUUCUGAGAUAAGUUUUCAAAUGUUUCAACUUCGUGCUCGCGGGUGUGGCUCGCUCAGGAAGCACACGGUCCGCCAGCUGUACUCGUUCUUUCUGAUCGUGGGAAGGUUGCCGCGCUAGACAGAUUUUUUGUCAUCGGGAGAAAAAGCUCGACUUCUGACAAGUCUGCGCGCCCUGGUGCUGUCUUUUUGCGUCUGAACCUUUCUGCAUCUUGCCUAGAAAACGCUGUUCUCCUACUUCUGUGCAUGAGUGUGUGCUGAAGUGAGCUUUUCUCGCGAGGCAAACUACGUCUGCAUUAUCGGCUUUCCGGUGCCGCGUUCGGUCUUGGCCUCUCCGUCUUCUUUUCGCCUGUGUACUCCCCGAGUGGGCGCGUUACAACAUUCAGGUUUUACGCGGCGCUCCUGCUGGCGGCCUCCUCUCCUGCCCGCACUGAUAAGCAUGCUCACGAACUUCAGCUUCUAGAAUUCUACUCUAGGCCGGACAGGCAUACCCCUUUCAAAUCCGCUUAAACGUGUACAGUGUCUCUCGGAGAACCUGGAAUUCCGCAUUUGUCGUUUUUCCAGCAGCGCCAUGACAUCGCCUUUGUUGCGGCAAUAGCGGCAUUCAGGACCGGUGUCUACGGCAUUCCACUCCGGUGUUUGUCCUAACACGGCAGCCUGGUUAGGUCUGAUUCGUCUCGUCAUAGAUACAGUGAAUUCCCGGUUGGUUACGAGCAACAGCCUUCCCACAUCGGAUGGCGAACGAAAACGUAUUACCGAAUAACGAAAGACGAUACGCGA